UAUGCGGUCUGAUAUGUGGUGCGAGCCAGCACUGUGCCAUCCUUUCUGGAUUGCAACAGUGUAUUUCUGACGAUGGUUCCGAGGUGCAGAGUGAUGGCACGUGCAACACCAACCUCCAGCUGAGACCGGGCCAUGCAAUCCCAGUUGUGGAGCCAACAUGCACUGUGACACCACUAAUGGAGGGGCCACUUGUGUUUGUGACAAGGCUUAUGAGGAUGACUGGCAGAAUCCUGGAACCUGUGUUG